AAACUGAGUUCCAUAUUCUUAUCACUGUCUCCAAGACUUAUUAUCUAUGUGAAUUUAGUGUGAGAUAGCUACAAAAAUAAAUAGGGAUUUUAACACGACAGCUCAACUAUUACAAUUUUCUGUUUAGUUAUCAUAUUACAUUUGAGGUGCAAGGAAAAUAAUUAUUCAAGAGAAUACGUUUUUAGUGCCUACUUUAAAAGAUAAAAGGAAAAUAAAUUAUGGCAGGAUAUGGUCUAGUAAUUGCGUCAUUAGAUGUGAAAGAUAUCCGAUUUCCAACAUCGCUAGAAGCCCAUGGAUCCGAUGCUAUGCAUGGAGACCCCGAUUAUUCCUGCGCCUAUGUUAUAAUAAAUCUAAAGAACAGUGAUUUCAAAGGUUAUGGGUUGACUUUUACACUGGGAAGAGGAACCGAAGUAGUAACUCAGGCAAUACAUUCUCUGAGCCAGCUUGCAGUGGGUAAGAAUUUGGAUAAUAUUUAUGAUGACUUUGCUGGAUUUUGGAGAACCCUCACUAGUGAGUCACAAUUGCGCUGGAUUGGACCAGAGAAAGGCGUGAUACAUCUGGCGACUGCAGCCAUCGUAAAUGCACUUUGGGAUUUAUGGGCUCGCCUCGAGAAUAAGCCUGUUUGGAAGCUAUUAGUCGAUCUUCCUCCAGAAAAAAUAGUUUCAACAGUGGAUUUCAGAUACAUAUCAGAUGUUGUAACGAAGGAAGAGGCAAUUCGUAUGUUGAAAGAUUCACAAAAGAUGAAAAAAGAGAGAGAAGACGAGAUGAAAACUGGUGGAUACCCUGCCUAUACUACACAGCCAGGAUGGUUGGGCUAUAAACCUGAAAAAGUGAGAGAGCUUUGUAAAGCCUACAUGGAUAAGGGAUUCAAAGCUUUCAAAAUAAAAGUGGGAAAUGACCUUGAAAGUGACCGUGAGCGAUGUCAGAUGGUUCGAAAUAUAAUUGGCUGGGAAAAUAUUCUGAUGACAGAUGCCAAUCAGGUUUGGGAUGUUGAGGAGGCAAUUGUAUGGAUGAAAAGUUUAGCCGAGUUUAAACCAUAUUGGAUUGAAGAGCCCACCUCACCUGAUGACAUAUUGGGCCACAAAAGAAUUGCCGAGAGCUUGGAGGAAUUUGGAAUCAAAGUGGCGACCGGUGAGAUGUGCUCAAACAGGAUUAUGUUCAAGCAGUUCAUGCAAACGAAAGCGCUCCAUUUCUGUCAAAUCGAUUCAUGUCGGUUGGGAGGUGUCAAUGAAAUCCUCGCUGUCUAUUUCAUGGCCAAAAAACUGAAUGUACCAGUUUGCCCGCAUGCGGGAGGCGUAGGCCUGUGUGAGAUGGUGCAGCAUCUACAGAUAUUCGACUACAUAAGCCUAUCGGCAACUAAGGAAGAUCGCUUCAUUGAAUAUGUAGAUCAAGAGCACGAUCAUUUCGAGGACACAAUUCUCAUGAGAAAUGCACACUACGUUGCGCCAACGCAGAUGCCUGGCUACAGUACAAAAUUCAAGACCGAGACCAUCAACGAUUAUGAGUUUCCAAAUGGGAAUGUUUGGAGUAAAAUUCUAGCUCAAUGAAUGCAGCACCAAAAUAAGGAAUGACAAUACAUUCUUAUUGAAUAAGAUUUUGUACAACUAGACAAUUAGUAGAAUCAAGAUUUAAAAAAGGAGUCAAAUCAACGCAAGAGCUCUC